AUGGCCAACCAUAUCAUCGGCAACCGCAACAGCACCCCGGAGGCCGCUCCAAAUUCUUCCCUGCGUCCCCCCUCGUCUGCCCGCAACCUCGGAUCGCACCAGCUGCGGGCAUCCGCCGACAUGUCCGGGUUCCCCUCGCCACUGUCCUCCCGCAGCAUGCGUCCGUCCUCCGAGGUUUUCUUCAACCAACAAGGUCAAAACUCAACGGAGGAUGCCUUGGAUCGGGCCGCUCAGCAGUGGCUGGCAGAUAUCGAUCAGUAUGAGACGACCCUGGAAGAGAUGGCAGCUGCCACUCUCGACCAAGACUUCAAGGAUGAACUCAGCGCUAUUGAGCAGUGGUUCCGUGUUCUGAGUGAGGCAGAGCGGACAGCAGCUUUGUAUGCGUUGCUGCAGCAGACCACCCAGGUGCAGAUUCGAUUCUUCAUCCAGGUACUGCAGCAAAUGUCCCAGGGCCAUCCUAUGUCUGGGCUGCUCUCUCCAGCCAACUUUGGCGAAAAAGAUGCUAUGUCUAGCCGCUUGAGCGAUGCAAUGUCAAAACUCAAUAUGGACACCUCCCGGAGUUCCUUGGGCCGGCCCCCACCAUCCCCGGGCGCGAAGCGCAACUCGGGUCUCGACUCCUCUACCAUUAAUGCCAUGUUCCCGGAUGCCGCGGCUGCUAUCGCGAAGAAGAAGGCGGAGUUCACACAGCAGACCGGCAAUGCCCCUCCAUCAAACCGGAACAGUGCGGUCUUUGGAGAUCGCACCUCGUUCGUUGCGCCCACUAUCUCCGGCCCGGACAACGGAUCGGACAACCUAGGUCAGCCUCCGGCUUCCCCAUGGGGCCAGCGUGGCGGUCUCGCGGACACUCAGCCCCCAAUUGCCCGCCCCAAGUCUUCUUCCGGACAUCAGCCCAUGGGCCAAUUCAGCCAGUCUGGCAUGCGUUCUCCCCUGCCUCAGACUGCCACUAUUCCCGCCCCCGAGAUCGAGCCGCCACUGCUUUCGCCCUACAAUGUUGGCAACCAUAGCUGGGCGUCAAUGACCAAUACCCCGAUGACCGCAACCUUCGGACAGCAGACCAACGGGCCGAAUUCCCAGGCUGACAUGGUGGCAAAUGCCACCGCGAUGAAGCUGGCUGCUCUGUCCACCGUCAACAAUCGUAUUGCGCUGGACGAUGCUCGUAAGUACCGCCGGGCUCGCUCCAACGAUGGCCAGGGUAAGAACUCGGCUGCCAACCCAACCAUCUCGCAGGGUUUGCACAGCCCCGGUCUGCACGGUUCGAUGGCCAGUCAGCUACUCAACGCCCAGCAACUGGCGGCGUUGCAGGCUCAGCAGCAAGCCGCCAUGGCAGGACGACGAUCCCGCCCAACCUCUCCCGGCAUCGCCAUGCAGGGCGGUGGCCUCAGUGCAAUGAGCUUCACAUCCCCGCAGAACAACGGCUUCCUUGCUGCCUAUGAUCCGAACAACCCGCUGAUGGGCAACGGACUGGGCUCGCUGGGCAUUGGACAAUUUGGCCUGGGUGGUGAGGGCUAUCUGUCCGAUCACUCGGAGGUCACCCGUGGACGGUCGCCGCGUGGUCGUCGUGGCAGCUCGAAGCCGCCAGAGGACCCCACGGAUCCGGCUCUUCUGAAGGACAUCCCCAGCUGGCUGCGAUCCCUUCGACUGCACAAAUACACCGACAACCUGAAGGAUCUCAAAUGGACGGAAUUGGUCGAGCUCGACGACAAGGCCCUGGAGGAGCGUGGUGUUAACGCACUGGGUGCGCGGAACAAGAUGCUCAAGGUCUUCGACCAGGUCCGUGAAGCCCGCGCAGACGGCAAGCUCGACAAUCUUUCGUGA